CAGUCAGCAUGGCGGAUAUGUUUUCCACUUCAUGCUUUGCCUUUCAAUGUUUUGGAGUCAUAUCUUAACAUUAAAAUCACAAUCAUCGAAAAAAUAUAAGAUUUAAAACAUCGCAGAGCUGCAGCGAGCUGAACCUGCAGAUAAAAAAAGGAUCUCUCCACCCCGCACGGCUCUUGAAUACAGCUGAUGUUACAGAGCUGGCUAACGUUAGCUUCUGUCUGUCGUGAUCUUGUGACCCACUUUGCUUUGUUUCCCAGACUGACUGAGUGAGAUGAAACAUCAGGAGCCUGAACACAACACAACAUGGGUGACAUCUUCAGUCAGUGACUCUGACCCGAGUUCAAGGAGAUAAACAAUCAGCCUUAGCGGGGGGGGGGGGGGGGGGGGAAACACACUAAAAACUAACGAUGGGGGAAGUGACUGUUGAAGUCGAUGAGGAAGUCACGAAACAAGACUUCUCCUUGGAGCCACUGCCAGAGCCACUACUAAUAAUCCUGUCCCCACCUCCACCUUUCUUAACUGUGCCUGGGAAACCCUCUAUGUUUUGGCAUAAGUGGCUUAAAGCUUUUGAACACUAUGUCGAAGCGCUCAACGAACACGAGCUCAGUGACUCCAGUAAGUGUUUGCUCUUGCAGAACUGCCUCGGUCUAGAGGGUCAGCGUAUAUUUACAACGCUGAUCCAAAGUGAAACCAUGUAUGCAGAAGCUAUUUCAGCGCUGACUGUUCACUUCAGCUCUGAUCAGACCUUUCAGAUGUAUCGCCUCAAAUUUUACCAGAGGGCUCAGGCCCCUGAAGAGACUGUUGAUCAGUUUGUGUCUGCGUUAGAAGAACUGCUGAGGCCUUGCAACUUUGAAGACUCACAAGACAAACUUAUCCUGGAUCAGCUGAUCAAGAAAACAAACUGCCCUCAGCUCAAAGAGAGGCUGCUGUUGGAGAGAGCAACGCUGACCGUGGAUAGAGCGUUAGUAAUUGGUAAAGAGGUCGAGUCUGACAAAAGUGAACUGUUUGGUAUUCACGAGGUCAGCGUGGACAUCGAAGACGAUUUUGAUCCUCCUGUUCAGAAAAAGGCCAAAAGAGGACGACCUCGGAAAGGGGAGAGUAGGGCAAAAAUCAAGACUGAAUCACUCUUGACUAAAAUCACACCGAGACCAUCUAGAUGCAAAGAUAAAUAUUAUUACAUGGAUGAUAUGCUGUAUUAUAGUGGCAAUGAGGAAGAACAUUUUAAUAAUGAUGAUGAGAUGGAUCUGGCGUGUGAUAUCUCCAGCAAUGCAACAGUCAGUGUUGGUAUCGGAGACGUGUUUAACCCCCCUGUUCAGAAAAAGGCCAAAAGGGGUCGACCUCGAAAAGGAGAGAAAAAGGCAAAUAGUAAAACUGAACCAUGUACGGCUAAAAUCUCUCCAAGACCAUCAAGAUGCAAAGAUAAUUAUUAUUACAUGAACGAUAUGCUGUAUUACAGCGACAAUGUGGAAGAUAAUUCUAAUAACACUGAGGAGACUAAUCCGGCUUGUGAUAAAUACAGUAUUAACACGGAGGAUGAUGAUUCAGCCGUGUCAUUAUCACAGAGGAUGGAAGAAGACGUUUCUGAAAAAGCAAGUGAUGGCAUUGAUGACGAUGACGAUGAUGAUGAUGAAGAAGACGAAGACUUUGUCACGUCUUCGACUAAACUUAAAGGGCCCUACUGUCCCAUCUGUGACAACAGGCGCUUCAGAGAUGCACACAAGCUGGCCAGACACAUGCGGACGCACACGAAGGAGAAACCAUUCAACUGCCCCAUCUGUGCGACGACUUUCAGCCAGUCGUAUCACAUGACACGACACAUGAGGAACCAGCACAGUGCAGGCCCUCACAUCUGCUCCACGUGUGGGAAAAGUUUAGAGACUUACUCAGAGCUGCAAAGUCACAAAAGAACACACGGACCAAGAGUUCAGUUGUGUCCAGUUUGUCAUGAAGAAUUUACAAAGGAAGGAGCAUAUUUCACUCAUUUGUUAUCACACAGCAAAGACCAGUCAAACCAGAUAGAGGGACAGAGUUCCCAGGAAAGUGAUGAGCUGAAUAAUGGAGAAAUAAUCCAAUCAUCAACAGGAGAAUAUCCUGAGAGUGAUGCUUGCAAUGAUAAUGUUCCUGAGAUUAGUGAUGACAUUUGUCACAGUGACUCUGAGGGAAAAGGGUCUGAAGUUAUGUUUAAGACUGAAAAGAAGGAUAUAAAUGAAGCUGAAUCUGAAGAUAGAGGUGCAGAGAAAGAGAAAGUCACAACUAAGACUAAAUCCAAGGAGCAUGUCUGUCCCCAGUGUCCCAACAGACGGUUCCGGGGGUCAAACAAACUUGCCAGACACAUGAGAACUCAUACGAAGGAGAAACCGUUCAGCUGCCCAGUCUGCUCUUUGACCUUCAGCCAGUCCUACCACAUGACCAGACACCUGAGGAACAAGCACGACCUUGGCCAGUACAUCUGUCCUAAAUGUGGGAAAAGUUUAAGUAGCUGGCUUGAACUGAAAACACACAAGAGGACUCACGCUGUGGAAGGCCUAACGUGUCUCGCAUGUGAUAAACAAUUCAAGGAGAAGUCUGCGCUUGUGAGUCAUCUCAAAAUACACAAGAAAAUUAACAACCCUCGAAGCCUUGUCUGUGCCGACUGCGGGAAAGUAUUUGGUAGAAUGUAUCAUUUGAAAAGACACAUCAUGAGUCAUCGUAAAGCGUCGAAUAGCGAGUGUUACACGUGUCCCGAUUGUCAGAAGACUUUUGCUUUCCCAGAAGACCUCAACAAACACCUGGAGGUUCAUGUGAAAGAAAACAAUGGGACUUGUCCAAAAUGUGACAAAAAGUUCAGUAGUCCUGAAGAACUUGAGGCACACAUGGGGGCUCAUGAAAAGACAUACACAUGCAACACCUGUGGUAAGAAGUUUAAGGUGGAGUAUGCGCUGAAAAAGCACGAGCAGGGCCACCAGAAUGAGCAGUACUACUGUUCAUUGUGCCGUAAACGCUUCAUCAAGCUGUCUCACUAUAAAAGGCACAUCAUGGUCCACGACAGGCGAGAAUCCAGAUGUCCACACUGUGACAGCGUCUUUUUACAGAUUACAGCUUUUAAGUAUCACCUGCGGACUCAUAAGGAAGAAAGACCAUACCAGUGCACCUGUUGUAUUGAGACCUUUGAGGAGAAGGAAGAUCUAGAUCAACACUGCCUCAAACACAGGAAAUUCAAGAAGCAGCGGCCGUACUCGUGCACUCGGUGUGACAGUGCCUUCUGUUCUCUGAUCGAGCUGACAGACCACAUGAUCUCGCACGAGGGCGAGCAGCCGCUGAACUGCCCCAUCUGCGGCAAGACCUUCCUGAACAAGAACAAGUUGGACAAGCACCUGAGCAUCCACACAGGAGAGAGACCCCACCUCUGCUCCAUCUGCGGCAACGGCUUCCCCUCGGCUGCCAGCCUCAAGCUGCACGCCCACAUCCACACCGGAGAGAAACCCUUCCAGUGCUCACAGUGCAACAAGACCUUCAGGUCAUCCAGCGGGCUGCGGCUGCACAGCAGGCAGCACUUGGAGGUGCGGCCCAGCUACGAGUGCCCAGAGUGCGGAAGGACUUACGGCCGCAUGACGGAGCUGAAAAUGCACCAACGCUAUCACACGGGGGACAAACCAUAUGCCUGCACCUGCUGCAGCAAGCGCUUUAUUAGCAAAGACAAACUGAAUGUUCACAUGAGGAUACACACGGGGGAGAGGCCGUACUCCUGCCCCCACUGUGGACAGACCUUCACACAGACUGGGGACAGAAACAGACACAUCAGUAAAUUCCACUAAUAAGAUUCUGUAGUAACAGAAGCGUUGGUAGCUGCUUCUGAAUGAUUGUAACGGUGAUUUUGCAUGUUCGUAGGGCUUUUUAAAUUUACCAGCACAGCCUGGGCCAUAACAUCUCUUCUAAAUUAGGGAACACUUUAAGGUGUUGGCUUAAACUGAGAGCACAUACAAUCGAAUUGAGUUGAAAGUCAGCCGUGUCUUGCGUAUUGUUGAUUGUUAAAGGUAAGACACCUGAGAAGGUGCAGAAAUCAAAUGUAUCCUAGCAUACAGUAUAUAUUGUUAAAAAAAAAAAGACAUAAGUCGAACUCCCUCUACGUUUAUCGUUGUUAGCUCUUCAUUCCUUCAGACUACAUGACGCUUUCUUCAGCUUGUUUAUGUGUCACUCAGAGGCUCAAAGUUGUUUCAUACAAGUUUUUUUUUUUUUUUUCAAGUAAACCCCUCUCUCUCCAGUGGUUAGUGUGCUGAGGGACAGAGGAGGUUUGUCCAAAUCUAAGUUUUGUAUUGGUCUGAGAGACUCAUGCUCAAGUGCUACAUGUACUGGACCUUCUGAUAGUCACAGAUUAUGCCUUUAAAGCCUAAGGCCCCGUGUCCACUAAGCGUUUUUUUCUGAGCGCCAGCAUCUUUUCUUCAAUGAGAUAACAACAGCAGCAGCCUGGAGAAAAAGUGCAGCACCCAGCGUCUUUUUUCUCCCCAAGCGCUGAAGUUGAAAAUCUUUCAACUUUUCAUUUAAGGCGCUGUUGAUGUCACCGGCACUCUUUCCAAAUGUAUGAUAUUUCUUGUAUUUUUCUCUCCUACGGUUCGUGUCUUGUACACACAUGCUCUUUGCUCCGUGUCUGAUUUGGGAAAUAAACAAUCAAAAUUAAAAACAUACAGUAAAAAGUGACAGUCGGUCAUAUAGCUGCCUUGUCAAAAGAUUGUUGUGAUAGAGACAGAGACAGACGUGCCAGCGCUUUUCUGCCCGGAAAAAACGCUGGGUGGACACAGGUCCUAAUGUGUCGAUUGUUACAUUGUUGGAUAGAAAGUAUCAUUUGUUUAUUUUUUCUCAUUUUUUCCAAGAAAGAAUAAAAAAAACAUUAUGAAAGUUUAAUUCAGAAAACUUGGCCUACCAUAAACACUUUCAAUGCCAUAAAAGUUAGUUGUGACAGUGAUGAUGUUAAAAUGAGGAUGAUGCACAACAAACAUUUGUGUGUUUAAGGAUGGUCUGAUAUGAAUGGCUGCUCAAUGCAGGAAACUUCCUUUACUUCCCUGGCUCCUUUGUAAACAGCUCAUGAAUGUGGAGCAUUUGGGGGCACUUUUCUCCUAUGUGGAUAAGGGGGAAGACAUGAUAAAAUUAUUGAUUUCUCUGUGAGUGUAAGUAGUCAAUUUUGUCAUCCAAUCAUGUCACUGCUGGUUUUUUUUGUUUUCUUUUAUGAGCUUCAAACCAGACUCUUCAAUGUCAUUACAUCAACACUUCUUCCAGAGGCUCUGCAUGAUUAAUCAUCUCCCUCACUCUUGUGCCUGACUCGUCCUUAAUACAAAUAUUGCACACUAAAACUUGCCACACUAACAAGUUGAGAUCAGAACUAAAUUCUUGCCUUGUAGAUUGGUCGACGUCAUUUGAGUCUGCUGGUAAAAAUGUAUAUGAUCAGUUGUUACUUAAAAGACACUUGCCAUAUAUGUGUUGUCCUCGCUAUCGCAGUAUGUGACAUCAUGAUAUUGUACUUUACAUUUUUUUUUUUAAAAGAUGUUUAAGCUUUGCUGUAACUGAGCAUUUUGUACUUGUACAUACAAAAGUGCCAUAAAAAUAAAACUAUUACUCAUGCAACUAG